CACCAUGGACAGCUCCCGGUGAGCGCACGCACACACAGGGAUCCUUCUCCAGUAACCUUGUGUUCAAGCCAAGGCCCCUGGGAGUCCAGUACACAAUCAGCAUACUACAAUUAAAACCCACAAAUAGCACGGAGAGUCACAGAAUACACAUUUCUGUCCGGUAGAAAGUUAAAGGUCAUGGGUGAAAAGAUGGACUCCAAAUUGUCCUUCCUGGAUGGAAUGGUUGGGGUUGGAGAUAUGAUUCUUCUGGAGACUCUCUCUGAGGAUUCUGUACUCCAGAACCUAAAGGAAAGAUUCAAAAAUGAUGAGAUCUAUACAUAUAUAGGAAAUGUAGUUCUGUCAGUGAACCCCUACAAGCAACUAUCCAUCUACACACCCGAGAAAGUGGAAGAGUACAGAAACAGCAAUCUCUACCAGCUGAAGCCACACAUUUAUGCAUUGGCUGAUGACGCAUACCAAUCUCUGCGUGACCGGGACAGGGACCAAUGUAUCCUAAUUACAGGGGAAAGUGGUGCUGGAAAAACUGAGGCCAGUAAACUUGUGAUGUCAUACGUGGCCGCUGUGUGUGGGAAAGGAGAACAAGCGAAUCAGGUGAAGGAGCAGCUCUUACAAUCAAAUCCUGUCCUGGAGGCUUUUGGAAAUGCCAAGACAAUCAGAAAUGAUAACUCUUCCAGAUUUGGGAAAUACAUGGAUAUCGAAUUUGACUUUAAAGGAGAUCCAGUGGGCGGUGUUAUCAGUAACUACUUGCUAGAAAAAUCUCGGGUGGUGAAACAUGUCAAGGGAGAAAGAAAUUUUCAUGUGUUUUACCAACUGCUGUCAGGAGGAGGCGCUGAGCUAUUAGGAAAACUGAAGUUGAGUCCAGAUUGCAGCAAGUAUGUCUACUUGAACAAGGAUAAAAACAGUCUAAAUGGGAUGAAUGAUGUGGAAAACUUUAAAAUUGUUAAGGAUGCCAUGAAAAUUAUUGGCUUUUCAGAUGCUGAGGUGACCUCUAUUCUGGAAAUUGUUGCCGUUGUCCUUAAAUUGGGGAACAUUGAGAUAAAGGGACAGUUUCAGGCCAAUGGUAUGGCCUCUUGCUACAUCACAGAUGCAAAGGAUAUCAAGGAGAUCAGCACAAUUAUUGGCCUGGAUGCUUCUACAUUAGAAAGUGCUUUCAGUGUCCGCACUGUAGAAGCCAGACAAGAAAAAGUGGUGACUACACUGAAUGUAUCCCAGGGGACGUAUGCUCGUGAUGCCCUGGCAAAAAAUAUGUAUGACCGUCUUUUCAGCUGGCUGGUGCAGAGGAUUAAUGAAAGUAUAAAGGUCUCUGAGUUCCAGGGGAGGAAAGUGAUGGGUGUGCUGGACAUUUAUGGAUUUGAGAUUUUGGAGGAUAACAGCUUUGAACAAUUCAUUAUUAAUUACUGUAAUGAAAAACUACAGCAGAUUUUCAUUCAAAUGACAUUGAAAGAAGAACAAGAAGAAUACGAAAGAGAGGGUAUUGAAUGGAGAAACAUUACUUUUUUUGACAAUGAGAUCAUCUGUAACCUCAUAGAGAAUAAUACAAAUGGCAUUUUAGCAGUGCUGGAUGAGGAGUGUUUGUGCCCAGGAAAUGUAUCUGAUGCCACCUUCCUUUCCAAACUUGGACAAAAAUUCAAGGACCAUCAGCACUUCAAGAGCAAGUUUAGCCAGAAUAUAAAGCGUAUCACGGAUACCACGUUACCUGAUAAGUGUUUCCGCAUUGAGCACUAUGCCGGGCAGGUCACCUACAACACUGAUGGGUUUCUGGACAAGAACAAUGACCUUCUCUUCAGAGACCUCUCCCAGGCCAUGUGGCGGGCAAAGCAUGAACUGCUGAGAUCUCUGUUCCCAGAGGGAGAUCCCAAGAAUAGUUCUUUGAAACGUCCACCUACAGUUGGCUUCCAGUUCAGAGCUUCUGUGUCAACGCUUAUGAAGAACCUGUAUGCCAAGAACCCCAACUAUAUCAGAUGUCUGAAGCCCAAUGGCACAAAGAAGCCAUCUCUGUUUGAUGACACCCUUGUGGAGACACAGGUUCGCUAUCUGGGGCUGCUGGAGAAUGUCAGAGUGCGUCGGGCUGGAUAUGCUUAUAGACAAGUAUACAAGUCUUUCUUGGAACGAUACAAGAUGCUGAGUAAGAAGACAUGGCCUCACUGGAAAGGAGAUGCACAGGCUGGAGUAGAGACAUUGCUAAGUGACCCACAAGUCAAUAUUCCAGCUGAUGAACUUGCAUAUGGGCGAACCAAACUAUUUAUCCGGACUCCAAGCACGCUUUUUGACUUGGAACAGAAACGCAGGGAUAAAUUAAAUGAACUGGCCACCCUCAUACAAAAGAUAUUUCGCGGAUGGAGAAUGCGAGUUCAAUAUUUGCUUAUGCGCAAGAGCCAGAUCCUAAUUUCUGCCUUUUAUCGGGGCCACGCGCAAAAGAAAGAAUACCAGAAAAUAAAGUUUUCAGCUUUACUUUUGCAAGCAUAUAUCCGAGGCUGGAAGGCCCGUGUAAUGCUGAGACGUAUGAAACUCUUAUCGCGUCAGUCGGAGGCAUCGUCUACUAUUUGUGCUUAUUGGAGGGGGUACAAGGUCAGAAAGGAAUACAGGAAACAUUUCCGCUCCUCUGCAUCAAAGACAUUGGCCAACUUCAUCUACCGCAGAAUUCUUCAAUUAUACUUUUUGGGACUGAAGAAAAAUCUUCCAUCUCUGUCCCCAACAAACAAAACAUGGACACCUGCUAAAUAUAAGUUUCUUACAUCUACAAAUCAAGAACUAUUGAGGUUAUUCCAGCACUGGAAGUGCAAGAAGUACAGACAAGGUCUGACUCCUCAACGCAAGGCUGUCCUUCAGGAUAAACUCUGUGCCAGUGAGCUCUUCAGUGGCAAAAAGAAGUCUUAUCCAGCAAGUGUUCCAAAAGCAUUUCAGGGAGAUUAUGCGGGUAUACAGAGAAACCCCAAAUUUCAAAAGGCGGCUUCGGGUGUUCCUGGAAAGGUAGAGGUAGCUGCCAGUGCCCAAAGAAUCAGCAAGACCGAUGGCAAGGGAACUGCCAUGAUAUUUUUACUAACAAAAUCUCACUUUGCUCUUAUGGAUGCAAAAGCACAAGUGAAGGUGCUUGUUAAAAUGGAUGAAAUUGCCAGCAUAUCUGUUAGUAAGUUCAGCGAUGGGUUCUUCCUCAUUCAGCUGACUCAGACAUCUACAUCAGGCGGAAAGGGGGGGAAUGACAUCCUUCUAACCAGUGACCAUGUAAUAGAAAUUCUGACCAGACUUCACCAAUCCGCACUGGAAACAACACAAAAGAAGCUGAACCUACAGAUUACUGAUGAGUUUACAGUGAGGUUCAAGAAGGAUCCCGUGGUCAUUAAAUUAAUUGAGUCGGCAGAGCAAAAUGGAAAAGGCCCCGUGUACAAGAAAAAAGGAAGCCAAAGAUUGGAAGUCUACAUAUAGGGA